AUGCCUGUGGGCAUUGCUAAUCAGUUGGAUAGAAUUCAGUCUACUUUUCUGUGGGGUGGUGAUGAGGUAAAGAGAAAAGUGCAUCUUGUUAAGUGGGAGGAGGUGUGUAAAAAUAAGUGUCAAGGUGGGCUUGGUGUGAGGAAGCUUAGUGAAUUCAAUGAGUGCUUGUUGAUCAAAUGGUGGUGGAUAUUUGGUGUAGAAGAUAAGGCCUUAUGGAAAAAAGUGCUGUGUAGCAAGUAUGGUCAGCUUGGAGGUUGGUGGAGUCCAUUGCCAAUGGAGUUAGGGAGGGUUUCUGUUUUGUGGAAGGAUAUUUUGUUCUUAGUUGCUCGAAAUCCAUUUUUGAGAGCGUUCUUUUUCUCUAAUUUUAAGAUUGUGAUUGGGAAUGGGAAUGUUCAUAAAGAUAGUACAAUGUUUGAUUUUGUGCAAAGGAAAAAUGAGGGUGAUGAUUGGAAUCUCAUGUUUAGAAGACAACUUUUUGCUUGGAAAGAGGAGGACCUAUCUAACUUGUAUGAGUACCUUCGAGUUGUACCUACUUUAAAGAGUAAUGUGGAGGAUCAAUGCACUUGGCUGGCUAAUCCAUCUGGUGCUUUUUUUGUAGCCUCUGUGUGGGAUUGGAUGGCUUUGCGUAAAAGGUGUAAUCUCAGAUUUGCAAUGAAUAUCUGGAAGAAUAUUGCACCUCCUAAGACAGAGGUGGAGACACAAAAUCAUGUUUUGCUGCACUAUAGUAGUAUUUGGAAAGUAUGGUCUAGGAUUAUUGAUUGGUGGGGUUUGUGUUGGGCCAUUCCUAAAUCAGUUCAAUCUCUGCUGAGUUGGUGGGUUGGUUUUAAGGUAAAAAAGAAGGUCAAGAUGUUGUGGAGAAUUGUUCCUAUGGCUGUGUUAUGGUCAAUUUGGGAAUUAAGAAAUGCUUGUUUGUUUAAUAAUGCUCAACCUCAUUUUGGAAGAGUUGGUGGAGAUUUGCUAUUCAGUGUAAUGGGGUUGCUGCUGGUGUGUUGGCUGCAAACAGAGGUUGCUGCUGGUGGUUGGGUGUCUGGCUACGGAUACUACUGUCUUGUGGCUACUGCUGUGAUCCCAAUUGUGCUGUGA